AAUUUAAAUAACCUAUCAAGUAGAGUCCUUAGGAUACAGUACCUUCCUUAGGGCGCCCGCUUAAAAGGCACUUAUUGAGAGAAUGAAAAAGUAGUUAACUCUUCGGGCGGCUCUCCCGCCUUCCUGAUUUGACCAAUCACAAAGCGCCUGAUUCUGUCCUUCAGCGCCAAUUCCCCGCCUUCUUUUACGGUUGCCUUGAAAACAAGGAGAAAAGGACUCCACAAGCCGCGGUUUCUCUGGAUCGGUUUGGAAAGCGGACAUGCGCCGUGGGAGCUGGUCGCACUCACGCAGCCUCGGCACUCAGUUUUUCGUUUGGGCCCUUAUGGGGAGGUCGGAAGUUCUUUAACUCCGUGUCCUUCACCAAUGUGUGCAUACGCUAUCUGCACAUCCGGGUUUUUAGUUCGAGGACAAAACAUUUAUUCUCCUGUACCAUUCAAAAGUAUUAUGGAGGAAAUUAUGUUUUAUGUUUAUAGCUAUUUUAAGUUUUAUCCGGCAUUGUGAAAGCCACCUUUCCUUUCCUAUCUGUCUCCUAUAAUCCUCCCCUUCGAAGAUUUGGAAGAAUUUUCCCAUCCUUGUGGUAGUAAUUUUCUGGUGUCAAGAAGCACUCUGUAACGCAGAAAUGCUGCGUUUUCUUUUUCUUUCGGUCAUCUCCGCUGUCUAGCUCUGAGUAACCGUGAUUCGUCACCUGCCAAUCAUAUUCAUUGCGUUCGCAGCCACUAAAUAGGCGUCCUUUGCCGCCAUUUUUGUUUUGGGUCCAUCUUGAAAGCUGCAAGAUUGUGAGCGGAGGCCAUUUUUCUUUUGGGCAGAUUCCUCGCGCUGUCCAGGUCCUUCGCCUAGUGUUUGGCCGCCAUCUUAAGUCCUGGUUGGGCUUCAAGCCGACAGCGAGUCAGCCCAGAUCAUCUUGUGUUUGGGCGGCGGCCGCGUUCCCCGACGCGCGGGGGACCCUGGGAAGGAGGAAGUGCGCCGGAAACAUGAUUCCCCCGAGCUUCUGAGGGUUGGCUUGAGAGCCUGCUGCCUGAUUAGGCUGUUUCCACAGCCAGGUCCUGCUCCACCGUUGACCCUGGACAGUAGCAAAACAAAUAAAAGCCCGAACCCAAACCCCGCUACCAUCGUAGCUUACUUGAAUUGGAAAAAGAAGGUCUAUUUGGUGGUCAAGCCUUCUGUAUAUGGUGAACCCAGGAGGUGACAGUGGUCUGUAAUUACUCUGGAAUCAGUGGGCCAUGGCAUCAAAGAAAUUUGCUAUUAAAUGUGGGGAUUUUGCUGUCCUGGUGGAUCUUCAUAUACUGCCACGAGGUUCCAACCAGGAUACCAGCUGGUUUUCUGAGCAGAAGAAAAAGGAAGUCUGUUUACUGUUAAAAGAAACCAUUGAUUCAAGAGUUAAGCAGUACUUGGAGGUUCGUAAACAGCACAGGCCGUCAAAUACAGAAUUCACAAGAUCCAGUCCCUUGUCCUUAAAAGGUUAUGGCUUUCAAAUCACAGCCUAUUUCAUCAAAAGAGGGAUACGCCUUCGCUGCUUUGGGGGCUCACAGAAUGCUGAACUCCGUGUAUUUCCUGACAGAUUUGUGGUCUGUGUAAGUCAACUUGCAUACAAUUGUGAUCUGUUGGCAAGUCAAAAGGAAGAACUGACGGAAAGAGCUCUCCAUGGAGCGUCUGAUUAUUUUGCUGAGUGUGCGGAGAGUCCACUUCCUCCCGGCGCAAAGCUCAAGAGAAAUGCUCUGAAAGAAAUCGUGAAAAGAACUGAAACAAAAAGCGUCGUGAGCAAAUCACAGAGCAGCAGGGACGUUGUGGGAACAUCUAGUGACUCAGUGAUUGCAGAGAUAGCAAGGAGGAGGGGUGACAGUCAGCCUUCAUCCAGUCCCCCAUCCAAGUCCACGGGACAAGCAAAGGAUUACAUAAAGGCAGCUGAGAGCCACUGGGGUCUUCCUGUUCAAAAGCUGGAAAAUGUUCAUCAGACCCAGCCAGAGGACACUAGCAGCCAGCAAAAACCUCAUCCUGGGGAGCGGUUAGAGACAGGGCUUCUAAGCAGGAGCCCUGCCUGUAGCUGUGAGUCAGCAUCACCAGGUCCAAGACAAAGUCCACAAGGGGCCGGAACACGACAGACACGCAGGAACUGCGGCUCUGUGGAAGACUUCGACCACCACAAGAGAGUUUCUCUUGGAAGUGAUCAAUUAGUCUCGAGAGAAAUCAUCAUGGAAAGAGGCAAAGCUGUCAGCGUCUUGCCAACUUUGGAGCUGUCAGAUCCAGGGUUACUUCUGAAACAAGAUCUGGCAAAAACCACAUCUAAUGAAGAGUUGCAUGUUUUGGAAAAUCUCUCCUCCAGACAUCUUAUGAAAAGUAAGCCAGGGCAGGCACAGCAGACCGGCUCGGCCACAAACACUGGAAGAUUAUCUACAGUUCAGGGCAGCCCAGCCGAGAAAAGAAAGAAACGAAAGAGGCCGUUGACUUACUAAGGGGAAUCUCAAAGUUAUAGUCGAAGAGCUAGUGGCCAAACCUGUGAAAAAUGAGCGGUGUACAUGGAUGCUGUGAUUUUAAAGGAAUUGGGAUGAUUGUUUUAAAUAGAAAUUAUGUAUCCACAUUAGGGUUAGCUUUCAAAGCAGUCACUUCCAGGAGCCUAUAUGCCUGUUCUAACAACAUUGCUCCUUUCUCAUCAUAUUUUAAACUGUCUUCAGAAAAUUAUGUUAGUGAUAAACAGCCAUUCACCUUGUCAGGGAUGGCACCAUUCCUGAAAAAACUGAAUGAAGAAACCAUUCAUGUGUCUCCUUGACACACCACCAUACAGACCAUGCGAUGACUUCAUAGAGAUGGUGUCCCGGUGCUGCUGUUCACUUCUGGGGGUACAAUUUAUGCCCCUGCUCCUCAGCCUGAGGAGGACAGCAGUGAAGGAACAGGCUAGUGGUUCUCACCAUCUGGUCCUGGCCCCAGCGUCAUUCUCUGAAAACAUGUUAGAAAGGCAGAUCUUGAGCACCGCCCCAAGACCUACAGAAUGAGAAACUGUGGGUGAUUCCAGAAACACGCUCCAGUUUAAGAACAACUGGACUGAUUGGAGGCUCUCUCGUGUUUAUUUCCUCCAGCCUGGCUACGAUGGCCGGCCUCCAGCUCAUUAGCUGGGGCCCACACGUGGACACGCACACCAUCAUGCUCCCUCAAACUUGUAAAGAACCACUGUAGGAGUCACUGUGUCCCCAGGUUCUUAAGAAUGGCAGCCAUGGCACCCAGGAGCUGUUAAUUACCCUAAGAAUUGCGUGACAUUUAUAUAUAAUUCAGCCCAGUAUUAGGGGAAGACAUGGAAGAGGCUUGUUCUUGCUUGCAGCUCAGGCAUAGCCCUGACCUUGCCUCCACCUCUAAGAUUUUGGUUAGGUUCGGAACAGACCAGAACCCAAGGGGAACUCAGUGGCCAGAGUUUCCAGUUUCCCCCAUUUGAAGGCUUCACAGGCAGUUUAAAUUUCAGAACAGGAGCCUUCCAUUUGCAGUAUCACCCACUAAUGUCUCCAGUGAGCUUGCUGAAAUGUCACAUAGUGAAUCACAGCAAUGACUUAUUUUGGAUGGACACCUACUAAAGAUUUUCUUAACCUAGUUUCAUCCUAAAAUAGGGGAAAACUCAUAUUCAAAGGCCACCCAUCAAAUAUAUCUUUUUUUCUGCCUAACUUUGGGUGGUCCAUUGAAGUAGUACCUCCCUAGUAACAAGGAAAAUCAAGUCUAUUCCCAAAAGUGUUGGAGUUAGCAGAAAAAUAACCCAGAAAUAGCCCGAUGAAAUUAAAAAAAUAUGGAAACAGAUAGAGGAUAGGUUCAUGCUUAGAACUAGUUAGUGGUUUCUCUCAGCUCACUUUGUCCUCCCCCAAGUCUCCUUUCCCCACUCAUAGUGUAAGGUAAGAGUCAGUAAGAGGCAGCCGUGUUUCAUGGUGCCAUUUUGGGUCAUGAAGUUCAGUCUUGGUCACCAUGCCUGGCCAUGGAGGUAGAAGCUAUUCCUUUGAUUUUCCAAACUGCCUGGAAACCUCUCCUCUUUCUGUGGUCCUAGCCUCACCACCCCCUCCAGGAUCAUGGCCCUGUCCACUGAUGUCCGUUCCUCUUUCCUCCUAGCUUUUUCCUGCCCCAAGCUGGUUCCAAUCAAAGGAUUCAGUAGGAGAAGAGGAACCCCAACAGAAUACUAACCACAGUGCUCAUCCAGUAGGGGUAGACUGCACAGAAUGGAAAACUCCUGAGAAAGUGGUAGAACAUCGAUUUCCCUGGUCCAUCAUCAUGGCCCCCACUCUUAGAGACGAGUAUCCUAGAUGUGCCCUUCACUGAAGACAGGACCACAGUGUGUCAUCGAAUCUUCUUAAACAAACAAGUUUUGGAACAGUUUAAAUAGAGAGGACAAAUUAUAACCCAGGUAAUAGGCCAAGAAAUAUAAACUCUCUGGAAAAUAGUCCAGAAUAAAAAAGACAGUCAUUGCAGAACAAUAGCUGCUGCCCGCCCCAGAACUCGAAGGAGAUGUUUGAACUGGAGGCACCAAAGAAAGUUUUUAUUUCAUUAGUUAACCUGGGCCUGGUGGUUAGAGCCAAUGCUUGUACUUUUAAUGACUUUCUUUCAAGAAAAGUCUUGGCUUUCAAGUUUGGCUUUUUUGUGGAAGUAAUAAUUACUGUGAUCUAAGAGAGAAAAUAGCAUCUUUGACUGUAGAUUGAUAGGGUAUUUCUCACCGCCGUCAUGUACAUGGGAUUUUAAAAGGAUUAACGGAGGGAACAGCUCUCCGCUUCCACACUGUGGCAUGUGUUCGAGGAAUUUUGACAUAAGCAUUUUCCUCCCACAUGUCUGAAACACCCCUGGAUCUCUUGUUACUUGAGUGGUUGUGUGAUGCUUUGGAUAUUUGGACGUAAAAGGGAAAAAUGGCUGCCAGGUUUUUUUGUUGCUUAUUAGGUGGGAAAUGAAGACUUCUCUACUGCUGGAAGUGGUAUGUGUUUUGAAAUUCUUAAUAAUUCAGUAUCUGAAAAGCUGAGACCCUGUCAAUAUUCUUAGUCAAAAAGAAUAAGUUCUUCAGCCACUUACUUAAUAACCCCAAUUAAAUGGUACUCACGUCCCUGGAGCUCUGAUGCGUGAAGAAAUGUGGAUCCAAUUCGAUUAAUGUUAUAACUUUGAACUCUCCAACUUUUUCAGUGUCAUGGCUUCUAAGUCACCUCCACAUGCUUUCAAAUGACUUUUUGGUAGAUAGGUAGAUUUGGUAGAUUGGUGUUGGGUUUUUGGGUUUUUGUUAAUGUCUGUAAACAACAAAUAUCUGAUAACAGUCAGUGUGAUUUUUCUUUUCUUUGCCACUGGACAGUAACUGCCAUCCAGAUACGCAUGUAAAUUGCUAAACGCAAAGGAGCAAACGUUUAGGGAGAGAGGAGUGCUACAGCUUUUUUGUUCAUUUAUUUUAAUAUUAAAGAAGAAGGAAAAUGUAUUUGAUUUUAUAAAAAAGAAUCAUAGAAACUCUCUGUAUUUUGAUUUGUGGAGAAUAUAGCUUCUCUCUCAAUGAGGUAUCUCAAGAAAUAUCUUGGGGACAACAAGAGGAUCACUGUUAAUUUGCUUUUGGUGUCAUGUUUGGGUUUUAGCUUGAAUUAUUGUGCAUAUCAGUGGCCUUUGAUUUCAGAAAGAGCUUGGUGAGGGCAGAGCACAGAAGGGAAGGAAACCUCUGUGCCCAAAAGAAUGGCCUCGGGUCACAGUGUCGCCAUUCCCAAUUUGCUUCAAUUCCUUCUUGUCAGGCCCCACUGUAAUAAUACAAAAUUCGAGUGAGUGGCCCUCCUUUUGAGGUAACAAGUGGCUUUCCUAAGAGCCACGGGUUCUCUUUUCAUCAUGCUAUGACUUGAAUAUGGAAAUCAUUUUCAUUUCUUCUUUUCUCUUAUGAGGAAAUUUCCAUUCUUGAUUUGUCAAAACGAAAGAGUUCAUUCCUUGUUAUUGAAACACUAAUGAAUUGAAACACGUUGGAGCAAGUAAAAUAUCAAAAUUAAGCUGAUUUCUGUUAAAUAGUUUAAAGCCUUCCCUUAGUACAGAAUGAAGUUACUUCAGAUAAUUACUCAGGACAGAAGUCUAACCAUAUAUAUCAUUGGUAUUACAAUUUAAUGAUACGAUUAAAUUCUUAGAAGUCUGAGGAACUCAUGUAAUUUUGUUUCUAUAUUUAACAAGACAACGAACAAACUUAUGACAACGUGUAGCUUAACAGAGGGGACUCAAGUGGGUCAAAUUAUUGCUUUUGUCAAGAACUACUCAGUCCUGGGCUUGAAUUUAAUCACAUUCAAAUAAGCUUUAUUAUGUCCCAUAAUAUUACCGUGUGUUACCUUAUAAUUGCCAUUACAGUUAUUCAUCAAAAAUCUUCAUUCUUUAAUUAAACAAAAACCAGUAAAACCAUACAUUUGACCGUAAAGCAUCUGAUCCGGUGACUGAGGAUGUGGAUUUGACAGACCCCCACAAUACCUUUCUUCAGUCAAGUGAGAAAGCCUAACACUGUGAUAAUCACCAGGAGAGCUCUUGUUUCCAUUGGCCUGUCUUCUCAUUUGUUUCAUUUAAACUAUGUAAAUAGUUGUACAUGCCAAGGGGGUGAAAGUAGUAUGUAGUGGAAGUGAAACUGUUUUAUGAAUAAAAAGUAAAAUUGUUUUAAAAAAUUAAA